GGCGGCAGCGGCGGCGGCGGCUGCUCGGCCAGUACUCCCGGUCCCCGCCAUUUCAGACCGGGAGCGAACGCGGUGCGGGCACUGAAGGCGGCGGCGGGGGCCAGAGGCUCUGCGGCUCCCAGGUGCGGGGGAGAGGCCUGCUGAAAAUGACUGAAUAUAAACUUGUGGUAGUGGGAGCUGGUGGCGUAGGCAAGAGUGCCUUGACGAUACAGCUAAUUCAAAAUCACUUUGUGGAUGAAUAUGAUCCUACAAUAGAGGAUUCCUACAGGAAACAAGUAGUAAUUGAUGGAGAAACCUGUCUCUUGGAUAUUCUCGACACAGCAGGUCAAGAGGAGUACAGUGCAAUGAGGGACCAGUACAUGAGGACUGGGGAGGGCUUUCUUUGCGUAUUUGCCAUAAAUAAUACUAAAUCAUUUGAAGAUAUUCACCAUUAUAGGGAACAAAUAAAAAGAGUUAAAGACUCUGAAGAUGUACCUAUGGUCCUAGUAGGAAAUAAAUGUGACUUGCCUUCUAGAACAGUAGACACAAAACAGGCUCAGGAUUUAGCAAGAAGUUAUGGAAUUCCUUUUAUUGAAACAUCAGCAAAGACAAGACAGAGAGUGGAGGAUGCUUUUUAUACAUUGGUGAGAGAGAUCCGACAAUACAGAUUGAAAAAAAUCAGCAAAGAAGAAAAGACUCCUGGCUGUGUGAAAAUUAAAAAAUGCAUUGUAAUGGGUGUUGAUGAUGCCUUCUAUACAUUAGUUCGAGAAAUUCGAAAACAUAAAGAAAAGAUGAGCAAAGAUGGUAAAAAGAAGAAAAAGAAGUCAAAGACAAAGUGUAUAAUUAUGUAAAUACAAUUUGUACUUUUUUCUUAAGGCAUACUUAAGUGGUAAUUUUUGUACAUUACACUAAAUUAUUAGCAUUUGUUCUAGCAUUACCUAAUUUUCUUUCUGCUCCAUCCAAACUGUUAGCUUUUAUCCUGAAUGCUUAUUUUAAAAUGACAGUGGAAACUUUUUCCUCUAAGUGCCAGUAUUCCCUGAGUUUUGGUUUUUGAACUAGCAAUGCCUGUGAAAAAGAAGUUGAAUACCUGAGAUUUAUUUCUUGGGGUUUUUGGUGCAUGCAGUUGAUUACUUCCUAUUUUUCUUACCAGUUGUAAACUUUGGUGUGAAACAAAUUAAUGAAGCUUUUGAAUCCUCCCUAUUCUGUUUUAUCUAAUCACAUAUAUGCUAAUUAUAACUUCAGUUGAGAUUUCACUAUUGGUUUUACAGAAACAUUGAGGGAACAUGAAUUUCUGAGCUUCCUGUAGAGUCUUCUUGUAGGCUUUAUGUCCUCUAGUUUCAGCCACCCCUAAUGAAUGUAAAUUUACACUGUUCAUAAAGGUUUUCUUCCUCUUUCCACUGCUAUUUGUUAUAGUCAUGUUCCCCCAAAUAUUAUAUUUUUUCUAUAAAAGGAAAAAAUGGAAAAAAAGGGCAAUGGAAGAUUAUUAAAAGGCCAUUUACUUUCCAUGAGAGAUAAAUUCCUAUAAUACUCUGAAUAGCUUUUUCUGUUAAUGGAGGUCUGGUAUCUAAUGAGGAUUAUAGCAACCAUUUGUGGGCUAUAUUUACAUGCUACUAAAUUUUUGUAAUAAUUUAAAACAUUUUAACGUGUAAAAAUUCUCAUAGGAAUUAAAUGUAGUCCUCAUGUGUCAGAUUGCUGUUUCCUAAAAUAACUUUAAACCUUUUCUUGAACUUCAGUCUUUAAAAAUAGUUUUAAUUCUGGCAUUAAAGAUUAUUUGAGCCAGUUAGCUUAGUAGGUGUUAAAAGAAAACAAGUUGAAGUCCUGUGUGAACCUGUGAGCUUCAUGGUGAGUUUCACAGUGUGGAGAGCAUCCCUAUGGUCUUCCUAUGUUGUCAAGCAUUGGUUGGUCAAAAAUGGGAACUAGAGGUUUGGCUAGCUCAGCAAGAUACAUUCUCACUGUGUGGUGGUUCUGCUUACAGAUCAAGAACAUCACUUUAGAAAAAAGCAAACUUUUGAAAAUAAAUUAUUUUAAAUGAGACUUUUGGGGUGGGGAUGGGGAAGACUAAUUUUUUUUUUAAAUAAGGAAAGGAAAGUUUCAAAGUCUCUAGUAUUGGCUAGUUCUCUUAAUCUGGCUAAAGCAACUAAAGUAAUAUUUCAUAAAAUGUUCCAAGUUUGGUCCAUAUUUUAAGAAUAUCUAAUGCUGAAAACUAGGUAAAUUAGCAAAAUGAUUAUUUCAGUACAAUUUUCCUUUUUUAAAAUUUUCCUUUUGUAAGACAUUUGAUGUGAGAAGGUAUGUUGACGUGAAAAUAAUCAGUGGACUAGGAGGAAAGUGACUUUAGAUUCUGGUGUCUUUACAACUCCAAUUUUGGGCAAAUCACUUAUCCAUUUCUUUAUGUUAAAAUAAGUCAUCUCAAGGCUAUAGCUAGCAUUAUAAUUACGUGAUUCACAUUCAGUUUACAUAAAAAUAUGCCUAUUUGUUAGUCUCAGCACAAUCUAUAACUUCUUACCUGUGUUGCCAUCUUCAGUGCCAGUCUUAGGCAAAAUUGUACAAGAGGUGAAGUUUAUUUUUUAAUAUGCUUUCUCAAUAUUUAACACCCUUCUCCCAUAUAAGUAUCAUCUUGCCAGCCUACCCUUCUGUAUGACCCACAACUUGAUGCUUUUCCUUGAAAUAUGUCUAAUUCCCCUACACUCAAGAUUUACGCUGCUUUAGAUAUCUCCUUGAAGACUUCCCAUCAAGUCACAUCAAAAUGCCCUACAUCUUCCUCAGGUUCAACAUGACCUGACAGAUACUACCAUGAGAUUGGACCUAAUGGUUAAUUUUGAGGUGAUGGCUGUAGCAAUUUAAGCUUGAUCCUUUGAAUAUUAUCUGUUUGCUGCCUGGUCCAUUAGUGACUAUUUAGGAAUUUUCAUAUCUUCUACGAGUAGACAGAACCCUAUCCAGUGGAAGAAGAAUUUAAUAGGGUAAUGCUGAAAAAAUUCCUUAGAUAAUUUACAAUUAGGACUAGCCCUGGUAACAGUGACAUAUUGCAUUGUUUUAAUAAUUAAAAUCUUACAAUGAAAAAUACUUCAAAAUUUAAUUCAUAAAGCCUACCUUUUAACAUGGUUCAUUAAUUCUAUAUAGUUGAGUGCCCACUAAAUGCCAGGCAGUACACAAGGCACUGGAGAUAUUGUGGUAAAGGGGACUUAAUCCCUUUCCUAAAGAAGUAGUGCUUAUAUCCUCCUGAGGCAUUUGGCACAUGACCCAGAGACAACAUAAUGCAUAUUUUAGUUUUGUAAGGAAGGGAGUUGGUUUCUUAAGGUUUCUUCCAUUUCUGGAGUAAUUAUUUUGCUCUGAUUCCAUUGUAACUGGUUAAUCAAGCUACUUUAUAUAAAUUACUUUUAUGUCAUUGUUUUAAAGGAGGAAACUUGAUUAUAUAUUUUUUAUUUGGCAUAACUGUGUGAUUCUAUUGGGACAAUUAUAGUAUACAUAAAGUUGUAUGACAUAAUAUUAAAAUUCCCAAGUGUAUAAUAUUCUGGUUGGUCUCUUUGUAUAAGUAAUUAAAAUGGACUUUUAAAAUUAAAUAUUGAAUUCUAAAAGUUAUGUUUAUCUAAGUAGGACUAAACAGAUGCCUGAACUAAUUUACAGAAAAGGAAAUUUCUGUGUAGAAAUCAUUAUGAUUUCUGAAAUGCUUUGCUAAACUACAGGUUUACAGAAUAUCAUCUAGGUGGGAUGUUAAGACUUAUAUAGAACCUAUUCUUGUUUCUAUCCAAGAGAAAGAAAUGGCCAGACUUCAAGAACAGCAGUGCAUAAUUGAGUGAGGGAAUUUUAAGACUCUUGCAUUUUUGACAUAGCUGGACAAUUUUUUUUAAGCAGUGGUAAUUUUCCUUUAUUAUAUGAAUUUUAAAUGAUUUGACAAAAGGUUUUCAUAGAGAUUUUAAAAGGGGAGAGAUGAUCCUAGAAGUAACAUAAAUAUUGUUUAAUUAUUACAGCCUUAAAGAUAAAAAUCCUUGUUGAAAUUGAAAAAGUGCUAAAUUACAUAGUCUUAGACAUUAACAUGUUUGUGGAACAAUGUAGCAGAAGUCUGUAGUAUAAUUUGAGUGGAUAUUCCCAAUUAGGAAUUCUAAGCUCUAUUUUAACUGAGUCACACUGCAUAGGAAUUUAGAACCUAACUUUCAUAGAUUAUCAAAACCUUUGCCACCUGCACAAUUUUGUUCUAGUAUAUAAUAUAAAGAAAUCUUGUGAGGCAUGUUAAGUUGCAGUUUGUACAAAUUCAUCUCAUUUGUAUUCCAGUGACUUUUUUUCUCCUAGUCGUUUUUUUUUUCCCUAAACAGUAUAUACACAGUUUUUUUGUAGGCAAUAAAAACUGUCAUUUACAUUUGUCAAAAAGUAAUAAUUUCUUGAUAAUUAUGUACUAAUGGUUUUUAAAAACCUAUCAGUUACUAUAAAACUGAAUUUAUAUUUAAUAACUUCAUGUUAAUAUUGGGUAGCAUGAAAUCUGUUUUGAUAAAUUCAACAGCAUACAACUGGUAGCUGCAAAUUCUUUCAGAAAAUGAAAAUUAAUUUCUAAAGAUACAUUCACAUCAGUUUUAAAACACAGUCAUAACUAGAUUAAUACUUGUUUUAGUUUAAUAGUUUUAAGUGCCUGUUUGGGAUGAUGCAUAAUCUUAAGACCAUCUUUAGGUUAAUUUAGAUGAAUUUAGGGAAAACAGUUAUUACCUACAGAAGUGUGGGUUACAGAGGGUCCACCUCCCCAUAGAACUAAAUGGGUUAUGUAAUAUUUUAUCCAAAAGUUUCCAGUUCCACUGUCUUGUGUUUUCAUGUUGAAAAUACUUUUGCAUUUUUCCUUUGAGUGCCAAUUUCUUACUAGUACUAUUUCUUAAUGUAACAUGUUUACCUGGAAUGUAUUUUAACUAUUUUUGUAUAGUGUAAACUGAAACAUGCACAUUUUGUACAUUGUGCUUUUUUUGUGGGGCAUACGCAGUGUGAUCCAGUUUGUUUUCCAUCAUUUGGUUGCUCUGACCUAGGAAUGUUGGUCAUAUCAAACAUUACAUUUAAAAAUGACCACUCUUUUCACUAAAAUUAACUUUUAAAUGUUUAUAGGAGUAUGUGCUGUGAAGUGAUCUGAAAUUUGUAAUAUUUUUGUCAUGAACUGUACUGCUCCUAAUUAUUGUAAUGUAAUAAAAAGUUACGGUGUCUA